GCGCGGAGGGUUGGUGCGGCAUUACCGGCACCUGGCCCGGGCCAUCGUGCGUGUCACCUUCACCCAGCCUCCCAGAAACUGCGCGCUAGAUGCGCACUCGGGCGUUUCCGGCAGGUGACGCUACCGCGUCCCCGGAGCGGGACUUGAAGGAGGGCCUCAAGCAAUCUGGGCUGAACCGGCGCGCGCCGCUGACGGGGCGGAGCCUAUAAGGAGGCCCCGAGGAUCUGGAGUAGUGGCAGUGCAGAGUGCUCGGGGUCUGUCUCUUGUUAAGAGCAUAUUGCUGGGCUUUUCCUCUUUUUAUCCUGUUUGACUGUUAUUUUAAUAGCCCACAGGUCCUGGCUCCACAAAGAUAAGACAGAUCUGUGAUGUGAGGAUAAAGAACAGUGAAGAGCAGAGAGGGAAAGGCCUGAAUGAGAUCUCAACCUUCAGAGAUCAGCAGUAGCUGUGUGACAACGGAGCAUUUGACCCAGAUGAUGGAAGGGACAGCUUGGUGUUCUCCAGAUUCUGCCCUUUUCAAGGAAGAAGAGGAUAUGACCAGUUCUCUUGGAACAGUAACAUUUAAGGAUGUGGCUGUGGACCUCACCCAGGAGGAAUGGCAGCAAAUGAAACCUGCUCAGAGGGACUUGUACCGUGAUGUGAUGCUGGAGAACUAUAGCAACCUAGUCACAGUGGGCUGCCAAGUCACCAAACCAGAUGUGAUCUUCAAGUUGGAGCAGGAAGAGGAGCCAUGGGUGAUAGAAGAAGAAAUGCUUGGGAGGCCCUGUCCAGAAGUUUGGGAAGAUGAUGAACAGAUCAAGGAGCAGCAGGAAACACUUGUGAGGAAAGUCACAUCCAUCUCCAAGAAAACUCUAAUUAAAGAAAAUGUCAUUGAAUGUAAAAAAGUUGCAAAAGUAUUUCCUCUGGGCUCAGACAUUGUUACUUCAAGACAAAACUUCUAUGAAUAUGACUCAUUUGAUAAGGGUUUUGAACAUAAUUUAGACUUACUUAGUUAUGAGAAAGGCUGUAUAAGAGAGAAAAGUUAUGAGUGUAAUAAGUAUGGGAAACCAUUUUACCAUUGCUCAUCACAUGUUGUAUCCCCCUUUAAGUGUAAUCAGUGUGGACAAGACUUUAAUCAUAAAUUUGACCUCAUCAGACAUGAGAGAAUUCAUGCUGGAGAGAAACUGUAUGAAUGUAAGGAAUGUGGAAAAGCUUUCAGUAGGAAGGAAAAUCUUAUUACACAUCAAAAAAUUCAUACUGGGGAAAAACCAUAUAAGUGUAAUGAAUGUGGAAAAGCUUUCAUUCAAAUGUCAAACCUUAUUAGACACCAGAGAAUUCAUACCGGAGAAAAACCUUAUGCAUGUAAGGAUUGUUGGAAGGCCUUCAGUCAGAAAUCAAAUCUCAUUGAACAUGAGAGAAUUCAUACUGGAGAAAAACCCUAUGAAUGUAAGGAAUGUGGAAAAGCCUUUAGCCAGAAGCAAAAUCUUAUUGAGCAUGAGAAAAUUCAUACUGGCGAGAAACCUUAUGCAUGUAAUGAAUGUGGUAGAGCUUUUUCUCGAAUGUCAUCUGUUAAUCUGCAUAUGAGAAGUCACACAGGGGAGAAACCCUAUAAAUGUAAUAAAUGUGGAAAAGCCUUCUCUCAAUGCUCAGUAUUUAUUAUACAUAUGAGGAGUCAUACAGGGGAGAAACCCUAUGUAUGCAGUGAAUGUGGGAAAGCCUUCUCUCAAAGUUCAUCCCUUACUGUACAUAUGAGAAAUCAUACAGCUGAGAAACCCUAUGAAUGUAAUGAAUGUGGAAAAGCCUUCAGCCGGAAAGAAAAUCUCAUUACACAUCAAAAAAUUCAUACUGGAGAGAAACCUUAUGAAUGUAAUGAAUGUGGGAAAGCUUUUAUUCAGAUGUCAAACCUCAUCCGACACCAGAGGAUUCAUACUGGUGAAAAACCCUAUGCAUGUACAGUAUGUGGGAAAGCCUUUAGUCAGAAAUCAAAUCUCACUGAACAUGAGAAAAUUCAUACUGGAGAGAAACCCUAUCAUUGUAAUCAAUGUGGAAAAGCUUUCAGUCAGAGACAAAAUCUCCUUGAACAUGAAAAAAUUCAUACUGGAGAGAAACCAUUUAAAUGUAAUGAAUGUGGUAAAGCCUUCUCUCGAAUCUCAUCCCUUACUCUUCACGUUAGAAGUCAUACAGGGGAGAAACCGUAUGAAUGUAAUAAAUGUGGAAAAGCCUUCUCUCAAUGCUCAUUACUUAUAAUACAUAUGAGAAUUCACACCGGUGAGAAACCUUUUGAAUGUAAUGAAUGCGGGAAAGCAUUCUCUCAAAGAGCAUCCCUUUCUAUACAUAAGAGAGGUCAUACAGGUGAGAAACCAAAAUCCUGUGAAUCCAAGGAAUGUAAGACUUUCAGGUACCAAUCACACCAUAGUCAACAUGAAGGAAGUCAUAAUAAGGAAAAAGAAUCUAAAUGUGGAGAAUGUGGGAAAGCCUUUAAUAGUAGGUCAGACUUGAUUAAGCAUCAGAGAAUUCAUGAAAGCAAAAAAAGUGAUGAAAAUAAGAAAUGUGCCUUUAUUCGUGACGCUCAGAUUACAAAAUCUCAGAGCAUUAAUACUGCCGAGAAACCUCAUAAAUGUAAGGAAUGUGGGAAAGCCUUUCAUUCUAACUCGCAACUUAGUAAACAUCAAAGGAUUCAUAUAGAUGAGAAACCCUAUAAGUGUACAGAGUGUGGAAAGCCAUUUCCAUCUACCUCACAACUCAAUUUACAUCAGAGAAUUCAUACUGAUGAGAAAUACUAUGAAUGUAAGGAGUGUGGGAAAGCCUUUACCCGUCCCUCACACCUUAUUCGACAUCAGAGAAUCCAUACUGGUGAGAAACCCUAUAAGUGUAAGGAAUGUGGGAAAGCUUUUCGUUAUGACACACAACUUAGUCUUCAUCAGAUAAUUCAUACUGGUGAAAGACGCUAUGAAUGUAAGGAAUGUGGGAAGGUCUAUAGUUGUGCCUCACAACUGAAUCUACAUCAAAGAAUUCAUACUGGUGAGAAACCUCAUAAAUGUAAGGAAUGUGGGAAAGCUUUUAUCUCUGAUUCACAUCUUGUCCGACAUCAGAGUGUUCAUACUGGUGAGAAACCAUAUAAAUGUAAGCAAUGUGGGAAGUCUUUUCGUCGUGGCUCAGAACUUACCAGACAUCAGAGAGCUCACACGGGUGAGAAACCUUAUAAAUGUCGGGAAUGUGAAAUGGCCUUUACUUGUAGCACAGAACUUAUCCGACAUCAAAAAGUUCACACUGGUGAGAGACCCCAUAAAUGUAAGGAAUGUGGGAAGGCUUUUAUUCGAAGGUCAGAACUUACUCAUCACAAGAGGAGUCAUAGUGGUGAAAAACCCUAUGAGUGUAAAGAAUGUGGGAAGGCCUUUGGUCGUGGCUCAGAACUUAGUCGACACCAGAAGAUUCAUACUGGUGAGAAACCCUAUGAAUGUAAGGAAUGUGGGAAAGCCUUUAUUCGUGGCUCACACCUUAGUCAACAUCAAAGAAUUCAUACAGGACAGAGGAGUGAAUGAAGGCAUGUGGGAAGCGUGGAAUUUAAUUGACACCUGGAAAUUCAUACUAGUAAAACACAAACAAAACCCCCUCUAAUUGUAAGGAAUACGGGAAAGCAUUUAAGGAUAACAACUUAAUAUCAGAGUUCAUACUGUGGAUGUGAGGGAGUCCAGAAUUGAUAUUUGUUACUGAUUUAAAACCUUAUAAAUGUUAUGAAUUGCGAGGGGUGUAUUUGUGUUUCAGAAUUUAUUAGACAUCAAUCAAUUGGUGAAAAAGUGAAAAACUCCAUGAAUAUAAAGAAAGUGGAAAGGCUUAUUAGGAAAGCAGUGUUAGAGACAUUAAUCAUUCUAACUUUUCUCAACAUCAAGGGUCAAUUAGCCCUUAUGGGAAACCAGAAGUCAUAAUAUAAAUAUUUAUAUGGAGUACCAAUUUGCUUUAGCUAACUAACUAUUCAUCUGAUAAUUCAUACUAGAGGAAGGCUACAUUGUUAAAAAUGCAGCAGAUUCUUCCAUUCCAUUCAACUCUUGUUAAAUGUUUGCAAGCUCUGAACUGAAUCAGAGUGGGAAAGGAUUUAACCAAUAUUUAGUGUUUACUUGGCUUCACCAUUAUUACUCAUUUCUUAUAGGGCUAAUGACUUAACCAAAUUCUAUCAUUUAUCAAUUAGUAAUAUUAGAACCAUAUUUCUUAGUAGCAUUGUGUACAUUGUAUCCCUUAGAAUAGUGUCUGGUUCAUAUUGAAAGUGUGUUAAAUAAGAGGGGCUUUAUUCUUUUUUUUUUUUUUUGCGGUACGUGGACCUUUCACUGUUGUGGCCUCUCCCGUUGCGGAGCACAGGCUCCAGAUGUGCAGGCUCAGCGGCCAUGGCUCACGGGCGCAGCCGCUCCGCAGCAUGUGGGAUCUUCCCGGACUGGGGCACGAACCCGUGUCCCCUGCAUUGGCAGGUGGACUCUCAACCACUGUGCCACCAGGGAAGCCCUAGAGGGGCUUUAUUCUUAAUUUUGUUUUCCUAAUUGUGUAUUAGAGAUCAUAUGAGAGGAAGGCCUUAUGUGUGCAGUGACUAUAUGAAGAUCUUACAUCAUCUUUCUUCAUGGAAUGUUAGAUAUUUCCUUCUGGAGAAAAAUUUUAAAACAAGCUUUUCAUAGGUUGCCCUUUUCCCCAUUAGGGGGUUCAUAAUGUAAAAAACCCCAGUAGAAUAAAUGUGGGGUGCUGUGAGGUCAGAGGGAAGACUUAGAUAAUUUUUUUUAAGACCUUCUAAAAAACAAGAGACAUAUGCCAUGAUCUCUGGCCUCUCUUUUAGUGAAUUAGAAAAUAAAGCCUCAGCCAAAAUCCAUUUCUCCACAAGGAAAUUUAAGAUACUUGUAUAAAUAAUUUUUACAUUAAAAAGGAAAUCAAGGCAGGGCUUCCCUCAUGGCUCAGUGGUUAAGAAUCCACCUGCCAAUGCAAGGGACACGGGUUCCUGCCCUGCUCUGGAAAGAUCCCACAAACCGCUGAGCAACUAAGCCCGUGCGCCACAACUACUGAGCCUGCGCUCUAGAGCCCGCGAACCACAAAUACUGAGCCCGAGAGCACCUAGAGCCCAUGCUCUUCAACAAGAGAAGCCACCCAAUGAGAAGCCCGGGCACUGCAACGAAGAGUAGCCCCCGCUCACCGCUUAGCCCGCGCACAGCAACAAAGACCCAACGCAGCCAAAAAUAGAAAUAAAUUUUUUUUUUUAGAAAAGGAAAUCAAAGCAAAUUAUCAUUAGGCAGAUUGUCAUUCAAAUGAAUGACAAAGAGACAACUUCAUGUUAAAAUUUGUAGGACGCAACCAAAGCUUUACUGAGGGAAUUUAACUUCUUUCAGUAUAUGUAGAAAACAGGGAAAAUUCAAAGCGAGGGUUCAUUCUCACGUCCUUAUACUUAGUGCACUGCCUAUUCCUGGUAGGUUCCCAUUAAACAUCUGUUGAUCAGAGGAAUGAGAGAGUGAAUGAAUAAGCAUCCAACUCUAGUAUGUUGAGGUGCUCUAACAAAAUAAGUGCAAAGCCCCAAAAAACACCUAAAACUUUUUGAAGUGAAAAAGAUUUCACCCUAGAAAGAAAAAACUCAAGCAUCAUAAGUGAGAAAGGAUAUGUAACUACAGAAAUGAAGGAGAUGAAGAAAUAAGCCAAUAUUGUUUGGCUGACACUGUUGGUUGCCUGUCCAUUGGUAUUAACCAUUCUCCCUUUGCCAGGAUUGCCUGCUGCCCACCUAAGUCUAAAUGCCAGAUGCUUGCCCUCCUAAUUGCUUUGCAGCUGGGCAUGUGUGUAACAGUCCCGGCCAUAGAAGAUCUAAGCAAAAAGUCUGCAGGUGAGCUUCAGUUAAAUAUUGUUUACUAACAAAAUAGGAGGAAAUGGUCUUCCUAUAUACAGGAUGCAUGUCUCUGUGUCUGUGUGAUACCUGGAAUUAUGGCCAUUUUACAACCAGGGGAGGCGAGAAACUGAGAUUGGCACAGGAAUAACUUGUGUGUUUGACAUUAUUGAGAUGAUGAAACAAUUCAGAACUGCCCUGUGCCCGGACGGGUGUGAACUAAGAAAUUCUGUGCCUAUAUGUUAUAAGUUUAUAUUCAACUUUAUAUAUCCAAGUCCUAGAAAAAAAUAUUUUCCUAUACAUACACAUUUAUUCCACUUUAGUAACAUGAGAAAAUGUUUAUAUUCAGCUUUUUAUGGUGUAUGUGAAAUUAUAGAAAAAGCAUUAUUUUCUUAAACAUAUAUGUGUGUGUAUAUAUAUAUACAACUUUGAUUUGUUAAGAUGUAGGAAAUGUCUGUUUGCAUUUAGCAUCUCAGUAUAUGUUUAUAUGCAGUUUUUUUUAGUAUGUCUGAAAUCCAGGAAAAGUAGUAGUUUCCUGAAUAUAGUAAGAACCAAGAAAAAACUAAUUAAAGAGCUACACCAUAUAAUUCCUCUAGUACUAGAGUAGAUAAAAUCUAAGUCUUUAAGAUAUAAAGAGUAUCAGCUAUGAGGCUAACACAACCCCUAUACCAAAUUUGGAAAAGGACAGCAUCCAGCUCAAAUCAGCUAUAAAAAUAAUCCAUUGUACUCAAUGGUAUAUGAGUAUUCCAAUUAAAAUAGCAAGUCAAAUCUAGCAGCCUAUUAAAAGAAAACAGAGGGGUUGUUUUGUCUAGAAUAAAAUGGUUCAUGACCUGAUCUGUCAGAUUGUAAAAAAUGUGAUGUAUAAAUGUAGUGUUUGCACAUUGAAAACUAGACACUAAAACAACUUAUCCACUGAAAGUAGUAAACUGUUAGCAGCAUAUGCAUAUUCAACUGCUGUGAGGUCACUGCGUUGCCCUCUUAAUCACACCUCAUGGGGUGUAAUCAGUCACAGCAUUUGGAAUAAUCACCAUCCAGUGUAUUCCACCUUUGCCCCACACUUUAGAAAAAUAUUACAUACUAAGUUUAAUGUAAACAUGUAUUAUGUGACAGAUUAAAUCAGUCAUAGCUAAAUAUCAAUCAACCCAUUGGAGGACAAUUUAUAACAAAAAUUUGGGCAUUUUUUUUUAAAGAGGGAAAUGAUUACUAAAUUUUAUCUAUACUUUCUCUACAAUUUCUAACUUUUUGAGUUAUAAUAAAUGUUAUAGUUAUAAUGAAUGUCAAGAAAUGAUUCUCUGUAGACUGGAGGUUGCCAAGGGGGAGGGGGUUGGGAGAGGGUUGGAUUGGAAGUUCGGGAUUAGCAGAUGCAAACUGGCAUAUAUAGAAUGGAUAAUAACAAGGUCCUACUGUAUAGCACAGGGAACUAUAUUCAAUAUCCUGUGAUAAACCAUAAUGGAAAAGAAUAUGAAAAAAUAUAUGUAUAACUGAGUCACUUUACAGCAUUAAUUAACACAACAUUGUAAUUGAACUAUACUUCAAUAAAUUUUAAAAAGAAA